CCACUGUGAGUGCGAAUCGCUAGAGGAGGUGGAUACGCUCGCUCGCGCGUGCGUUAAGUUAGCUUAGCCAUACUAGCGCGUUUCCUUGAGCUGCACUCGCCCUCAGCGGCUUCACUCAGUGCGUCAUGGCGGAGGGAGGUGGACCUGAGCCGGGCAACGCCGCAGAGCCGGUCGCGGAGCCCGUGUCUACGCAAAAACCACUUCCUUCAAUCGAUAGUCAAAAACAGACCAUUGGAGCUCUUCUGAAAACGACACUCCGAAAAGGAGACGAAUGGUUUUUGAUCGACAGUCGAUGGUUUAAACAGUGGAAAAAAUAUGUGGGCUUUGACAGCUGGGAUUUGUAUAAUGUUGGAGAGCAAAACUUGUAUCCUGGACCCAUUGACAACUCCGGGCUUUUUUCAGAUCAGGAAACCCAAUCGUUGAAGGAACAUCUCAUAGAUGAGUUAGAUUAUGUCCUGGUGCCUACAGAAGCAUGGAACAACCUCGUCAGCUGGUAUGGAUGUCUAGAAGGACAGCGGCCCAUCGUCAGGAAGGUGGUUGAGCAUGGCAUGUUUGUGAAGCACUGUAAAGUGGAAGUCUAUCUGCUGGAGCUGAACCUGUGUGAAAAUGAUAACAUGGACAACGUGGUCACUCGCCAUUUCAGCAAAGCUGACACUAUUGAUACCAUUGAGAAAGAAAUGAGGACCCUCUUCAAUAUCCCAUCUGAGAAGGAGACUCGGUUGUGGAACAAGUACAUGAGUAACACUUAUGAGCAGUUAAACAAGCCUGACAGCACUGUUCAGGAUGCUGGGCUUUUCCAGGGCCAGGUACUUGUGAUUGAGAGAAAGAAUGAAGAUGGUACAUGGCCCAGACAAGCCUCCCACCCCAAGUCCAGUACAGCCACCUCUAGGAAUUUCACAACGUCACCAAAGCUGUCGUCCAAUUCCUCUGCCACCAUUUCUUCUACGGUGACCAACGGAGACGGCGGCAGCAGCAGCAGUAGCAACUCAAGCUACACACUUAACAACAGCACAUCUGGAAUCAGGUUGGGAGGAUACAGCUCUUACAGCUCAUCCUACAGUUAUCGAGAGUCUGCCUCCCAGCCUGGCCUGUGUGGCCUCAGCAAUCUGGGCAAUACCUGCUUCAUGAACUCUGCACUUCAGUGUCUAAGCAAUUCGCCCCCACUGACAGAAUACUUUCUGGAGGACCAGUAUGAAGCUGAGAUCAAUCGAGAGAAUCCUUUAGGAAUGCGAGGGGAGAUCGCUGAGGCCUUUGCAGACCUGAUAAAACAGAUGUGGCUCAGCCGAAGCAGCUACGUGGCUCCCCGCACAUUUAAAACGCAGGUUGGCCGUUUUGCCCCUCAGUUCUCAGGGUACCAGCAGCAGGACUCUCAGGAGCUUUUGGCUUUCUUGCUUGAUGGCCUACAUGAAGACCUAAAUCGUGUCAAGAAGAAGCCUUACCUGGCCUUGAGAGAUGCAGAAGGCAGACCAGAUGAGAUUGUGGCUAAAGAGGCAUGGAAGAAUCAUCGUCUUCGUAAUGAUUCCAUCAUUGUAGAUAUCUUUCAUGGCCUGUUCAAGUCCACUCUGGUCUGCCCUGAGUGCUCCAAAGUGUCUGUCACUUUUGACCCUUUUUGCUACCUCACAUUGCCACUGCCCAUGAAGAAAGAUCGUACCAUGGAGGUGUUCUUGGUCCGCAUCGACCCUCAGUCCAGACCCAUGCAAUAUCGUGUGGUGGUCCCUAAACUAGGUGCAGUGUCAGACCUGUGCAGUGCGUUGGCCAAGCUAUCUGGAGUUCCUGCAGAGAAUAUGGUUGUGGCUGAUGUUUACAAUCACAGAUUCCAUAAAAUUUACAGAAAGGAUGAAGGUCUGAACCAAAUAAUGGAAAAAGAUGACAUCUUUAUCUAUGAGGUGUUGGAGGAGGACAGCGAAAGAAUGAAUCUGCCAGUAUACUUCAGGGAGAGGGAUGUCAAGCACAGUGGAGGCUCCUCGUGCACUAUGCUGUUUGGACAGCCACUCCUCAUCACUGUUCCUCGUCACAACCUUUCCCCAGACACCCUGUAUGAGCGGGUGCUAGAGAGGAUUGGGCGUUAUGUGAAACACACACAGGGUACCACGGUCGAGAGCAGAGUGUUUGCCACAGCCACGUCUUCUAGCAGCAUUUCAGAUGGCGGAGAUGUAGUAUCUAGUCACAAUGCAGGGAUAAGUGGCUGUAGCAGCCCAAUGUCCAAUGGCGCGUCCGGCAGUGCUUGUUCUACCACUGGAAGCAACCACACGUGCAACGGGCCCAAUGGAAUGUGUGAUGGUGAAGAGGAAGCUAUGGACCACCAGGGGAGCCCAAAUCCAGAAAGCAGCCAGUCAGAGACUGUGGAUGGGGAGGACGAGACCUCAGAGCCUGAGAAUGGACCCGCUGCCUCUGCUUCUACUGAAAAGACUUGUUCUUCCCGGCCUAAACUUUUUUCUUUUAGCAUGGUAAACUCCUAUGGCACGGCUAAUAUCAGUCCCUUAGCUGGCAACGUCCUCAAACUCACUUCACAUUCCACAGUAGCCAUUGACUGGGACUCAGAAACCAAAAGGCUGUGCUACAAUGAUCAGGAGGCAGAGGCUUACGAGAAACAUGAUAGUAUGAUGCAGGCUCAGAAAAAGAAGGCCACAGUAGCUCUAAAGGAAUGCAUCGAGCUCUUCACUACCAUGGAGACACUGGGAGAGCAUGAUCCAUGGUACUGCCCUACUUGUAAAAAGCACCAGCAGGCUACGAAGAAGUUUGAUCUGUGGUCCUUACCCCGCAUUUUGGUGGUUCAUCUCAAGCGCUUCUCCUACAACCGCUGCUGGAGAGACAAACUGGAUACUGUAGUUGAUUUCCCCAUCAGGGAUCUGAACAUGUCCGAAUUUGUCUGCGACCCCAAAGCUGAGCCAUAUAUAUAUGACCUUGUUGCUAUCUCUAACCACUAUGGAGGAAUGGGUGGAGGCCACUAUACCGCAUAUGCCAAGAAUAAGGCUGAUGGGAAAUGGUAUUAUUUCGAUGACAGCAGUGUGUCCUCUGCCUCUGAGGAUCAGAUAGUGACUAAGGCAGCCUAUGUGCUUUUCUACCAGCGGCGAGAUGGAGACGGUGCACCCAGAUCCAAUCCCUCCGCCUCACUCGGAGGAGCUUCCGACUCUCUGGAAGACCACAUGGACACCAACUGACUCUUUAGUCAUUAGACACUGAAAUAAAAGCUUUAUGAGCAAAUGAUCAUUGAUUCACAAUCCAGAAUUUCAGCGCUUUGACAAGGAGGUCCAGCGUUUUCUGCUUUUAGUUUCUGAUGCAUUUUCCAUGAGCCAAGAAGGAGUUAAAAAAAAACAAUAAUGAAAAUAAAUAAGUGAAAAUUUUAGUUUAAAUUGCAACUUUUUCCCCAGCACUGUGCUUCUGUUUAAAAUGGAUACACAUAAAAAAUUCGACCUUGCCUGUCGUCAGAUAUGUUUAAAAAUGUUGCGUAGAAUGAUUGCAAUGAAAGCAUUUUUUGUCCCCCAGUAGAAUACAGAAAGAAGCCAAAUGUUUUGUGCUGCAUCCACCAAAGUUGUAAGGGUUGGUGGCAGUAAAGCUUGUCAGGGCGACAGGAAAUGUGUACAAAAUUAAGAGGUUUAAUUCUUUCCUCUCUCCAGUGUUCUAUUACACUCUGAAAAUGUUUAGUUAAAUGUGCCUCUGGUAAGGAAUAGUCUUCUCAGAAAAGAAAAAAAAACUUUUCUCCAUAGAACCUUUAAACAGGAGGCUUUUCUUUAUCCAACUGAAACUCAGCUAAUUUUUUUAAUGUGUACUUGACUAUAAGACUUGAAGCCUGCAGUGAAUGAGAGGCUAAACUAUAGCUAAAGUUGUGAUAAAGAUAAUUACACUGCUGAUCUUCAUUAUUGUGCUGCUUUCUGAAAUGUUAGCACUAGCUGCCUUUUUGCCCCAGAAAUUGAAAAAGAGGGGCUUGUGUGAGUGGAUUUAAUUUACAUUUUAAUAGUAAACGUACAUGUCCAGCUGUACAAGGCACUGAGAUUCAUAAUACAUACUAUUGUUUGAGACCACGUUUGCAAUAUGAUGCUGAUUGAACUCUUCCACUUUGAUGAAUUUUCAUGUUUUUUUUUUCUUUUCAUUUUAUUUGUCCUGGGACUUGCUCGCCCGCCUCCAAGGCCAGAUAGAGAGGCGCAUCGAGCCACUGCUCGAGAGUGGUGCUACAUUUGAGACUUGUAAAGGCUGCAACUUUUGACAGAAAAAAGGUUUAAGUGGAAGCUAUGUAGAGGCUUUAACGUUCAUUAAAAUACAAUAGUACACUGUCCUACCUGCCAUCCUGUACACUUUCAAUUUGCUUUAAUUGGUUGCCGAAUUAUUUGGUUUUUGUACAUUCUAGGAGGAUCUUCUCACCACAGUCCCUUGAUGUUAAUUUAUCAUCAGUCUGCAUCUUUAAUCUUAUGCUUUUCUGUGGAAUAGCAGCAUGCAUGUGUCUUGCAAAUCUGCAAAAUGAAAAACUUGCUCAGUCCUCAUGUGUUUAUCUCAUUAAAAUCAGGCUAUGAUAAGUACAUGGUUGAUUUACAACAUGGAGCCUAGAAAGUCUCUCAUACUGGCCAGCGCAUUUUCUAAAAAGUCACCUUGUCAGAUUACCAACCAUUAAAAAGACAAAAAGAAAAAAAAAAACAUUUUCAGAGAUGUUGCCUAGAUGUAAAUAGUCAUGUACUAUCUGCAAAAUAGGAUAUCUUCUUUGUGUUCUGAUAUUUAUCAUGGCAAUAUGUGCAAGGUUUUUGAAAACAAAUGAAAAAGACAAUAAAGAUUUGAAGCCUAA